UUCCAUCUCGGGGGCCAUGUUUGCAACCGUAGCUUUUAAGCCUCUCCCUCUCACCAAAUCCUCUAACAAGUUUUAUACCACUGCAUAUACUUGAAUGAAUAAAUUAUAAGUUAAAGUCUUUUAUUUUAAAUUCUUAGAGACUAAAUUGAUUAAAUCUAAAAUUCGAGAGCGUUAAGUGAAAUUUUAAAUAGUUGAAAAAUAUUGACUUAUUUAAUGAACUUCGGAGGUGGUUGGCAAAUAUCUAACUAAUUCAACAAACCUCCGUGACAUGUGGCAACAUGUGAAUCAAGUAUUUUGGCUUUACUUUGGAAGAUCUUUAGAAAGGCCACAAGCUUCCCUUAAACGAUUUAGGAAACUCAUUCUUCCCAUUUUCACCGUUCCACUGAAAGGAGAGGAAGGGGUUGUCAGCUGGUGGCUUGAGGAUGUGCUUCAUCCCUUUGAACUUCCUUGGUUUCUGUUGUUUUCUUCUUCAAUUAGUGCUGUGGAUCUAGAGGUAAUAAAUGGAUCCAAGCUUAAAGUUUGGGCAUUCAAUGGCGCUUUUGAGGUAAUCAGUAGAUCCCUGCACAAUUGGGUCCAAGGGAUACCUAAGGGAGGCGUUACAAGUUCUCACCUUCUUACACUAAAAACUUGCUCCAAGCUCCAUGAAAAUACCCAUGGAAGUUCAAGACUUCACAAGAAACGGUUUGUUUAUGGCUCCUUAAGUUUCUUCCUUAGAUAUCUCAGAGAAAAUUUCCCUUUAAAGUGCUUAAGGAAGAAUCUUCUUCAUCUACACCGUGGAAACAAGUACAAUAACUUGAAGUUCCCUUAAUUCUACAAACAUCUACAAGGCUAGCAUCUCUAGAUUUCUUCUUUUUCUCCCACCAUUCUCUUGUAACCUUCUCCUUUUUGUAAAGAUGUUAUCAAGUUGUUAUAGUGAAGAAGUGCAAGAUUAUUUGUGA